AUGUUCAGCUCCGGGCCGGUGGAGGCGAGACUGCUGCAGCUGGAAGCGGCCAUCUCGGAGAUUAAGCAGGUCAAUGCAGAUGUCGUAAAGCGUGUCGACCAGCUGGAGUUCGAUUCGCGCCGACCGCAUCCAGGCGUGCAGGGGGACCCCAAUGGAGAUAUUGAGGCCAGUGAAACCUCCUCAUCCGAGAGCGACCUCGUUCAUAGACAUUACGACACAAAGAACACAGGAAUUACGGAGCACCCUGUGGAGAGCGCCGAGGGAUAUGUUUUUGAAGAAAACUGCUGGGAUGUGGUAGUCUGCUUCGGACACCCUGCCAUCGGUUAUGGCUCAUCGCUUUUGCUUCUGUUCCUUCUGGGACUCACCAUUUUCAUUCAGCUGGUGUUCUGCUACAUGGUUUCCACGAGCUUCGUCGAAAACCCCUACGACACUUCUUCGCAGAAUGCCCUGAGCUACUGGCGGAUCGACAUGGCUCACAAGGCAAGCCAGGUUUCCUC